CGCUGUUUGUAUGUGACAGUUGACACAGAUUCUUGAGAUUUGAUUAUUUUGACAUUAAAAUUUAAACAGGUUAACUAAUUGAGUUGACAUUUAUGAAAUAUGAAUUAUUUUUCGUGAUUAAUUUCCAAAGAAAUAAGAAUAAGUGUAAGAGGAUUUAUAACGUACAAUAUAAUGAUGAACUUUAAACACCUUAUUGUCAAACAAACAUGUCCAUUGGUAACACAAAUUGCUGGAGCUCACCGAAAACCCAGAUGGUUGCCAGUGGCCAAGAGCAAAAUUUAUCGGAUACCAAAACGUCCAGUGAUCAGCGAAGAGGAGCGUCUGGAGCUGCUACGUAUAAACAACAACUAUAAAACACAAAUGCGUGCAAUAAGGCGCUUUUACCACGAAGAAAUGAUAAGGGAGAAAUCAUCACUCGAAAGUGCCAGUUCCGCUAUGUCUCAACGCUUAGAAGCGGAUGAGUGGGAGAAGUGUGUUCAAUUAAACGUUAAGUGGAACACUCAGGUGGCAGCAGAAAGAGAAGAGAGAAGAAAGUUAGAGUUGGCUGCCAUGGAGGACUAUGCUUUUAAACGGAUGGAGACUAAAGAUACAGAAUUCAAGAAGAGAAUUACAAAAGCCUCUGAGCAGAUCAGAGAGCAAAAGGAACUCAGUUCAACGUUUAUCACACCAGAGAAUCUAGACGCAGCCAUAGACCAAGCCUUAGCCAACCCAAUAGAUUACAACUAUGCAAUUGAUUUAAAAGGAAACCAGUACCCUGGUAGAGAUACACCUAUCGUAUAUGAGAAAAAUAUUGAGAAAACUAGCGCUUAGUGUUAAAUUUUUAUAAGCUGUAAUAAAGAAAUUUAGUAUAUCGAAA